CGAACAUUGAUAUCUAGGUAAUGGACUCAUAAAUCGAUAUCAGUAGCUGGCCCAUACUUGGCUAUAAAAGCCACACAACUUUCCAAAGUCGGACAUUCAUCAGCAACCACCGGCAAGACUAAAACAUGGAUUUCAACACCGCCGCCCAGAAAGCCAAGAGCUUCUCCAAGACCCCCACCAACGACGAAUUCUUGGAAUUCUACGGCCUGUACAAGCAAGCCACCGUUGGAGACAACAACACAGCCGAGCCCGGUGCAUUGGAUCUGAAGGGCAAGGCCAAGUGGAGUGCAUGGAACAAGCACAAGGGCCUGUCCCAGGAUGCCGCCAAGGCAGCCUACAUUGCAACCUAUGAGAAAUAUGCUCCCAAAUACGCCUAAGCCGGAUAAGCUCUGUGAACUCGUUGCUGGUUAAAACGUUAUCAAUAAAUGAUCUAGAAUAUUCAAAUGGAAA